AGGGGUGCAACCCCCCCCCCCAUAUUAUGUGUUUACGGACUACUGAAUAAACUAGAGUGAAUUUGACCAGACAAACUGUUGUUAUGUGUUAUUUCUGGUAGAUUCAUUCUCCUGGAUCCAGAUAAAGACUUAAAUCAAGCUAACCACCGAAGUUCGGUACCAGGGGUACCUAGAUAAGAUCAGAUCUCCUUACAAUCUGGGGGCUCAGUCCGGGGUCGAGAAAGUCAUCCCCGGAUCCGUAUGAGGGAUAUCUGUUUUAUCCUCUGUCUGAUCCGAGGGCACUGACAGCGUCUCGAUCCAAGAACCAACUCACCCAUUCCGGGUAGGAGACCAGGUGAUUGUCAAGGCCCUCCAGAAGGGAAAGAAGCCGGGGAGCUUCAUCUACGGACAACUCACCGAGGCCAUCACCAGAACAGCGGUCCUCACUGAGCAGUCACCCACCUGGAUCCACGCCACAAGGAUCAAGCUGUUAAAGAAAAGAGAGGUACUAACGGAGGCAGACAGCCUUGACCUCGAAAAAGGCGGAAAAGGGGUACAAACGGGGGCAGACAGCCCUGACCCUCAACUAGGCGAAGAAGGGGUACAAACGGGGCGACAGCCCUGACCCCCAACUAAACGAAAGGCUCCAUGAGUUCUGGCAGUUAAUUUCUAAUAAUGACACUGAUUGCGGAACCUGACCUGGAAAAUGAAAUACCCUUUGCUAACAGAGACCCCACACUCAGGGGCAGGUAUACACAUAUACCCAGGGAAUUACACAUGCUAUAGGGGAGAAAAGGAAGAUAUCAAUAGAAAGAACUUUACAAAGAGAUAUUGUGCUAGUUAUAGCUCUGUAGAAGUGUCACUCACUCAGAACCAAGUUUUUUCAAUAGGUGACAUUUACUGGAUCUGUGGCGAUGGUAAAAUAAGGUUCAAGCUAGAGGGCAAGUGGAAAGGAGAGUGUGCUCUAGCUAAAGCCAUUAUGAACAUUCACAUAUUCGCAGAAGGGGGAGAACACGUAAACUCUGCCACAAAAAGGAUAAAGAGGUCAACACCUGCAGGUAGCUUCGAUCCACAUGUAUACAUAGACACAAUAGGGGUCCCAAGAGGGGUCCCUGAUGAGUUCAAAGCCAGGAAUCAAGUAAUUGCGGGCUUUGAAUCUAUCCUUUCUAUAAUCACUGUGAACAAAAAUGUAGACUGGAUUAAUUACAUUUACUAUAAUCAACAAAGGUUUGUAAACUACACAAGGGAUGCGUUACGAGGUGUUGCAGAGCAGCUCCAAGCUGAUUCCAUUAUGACAUUUCAGAACAGAAUGCUCUUAGAUAUGAUUCUGGCAGAAAAAGGUGGGGUGUGCAAAGUGCUUGUGGAUCCUACAACAUGCUGCACCUUCAUACCUAACAACACUGGUCCCAAUGGUAAAGUAACUAUUGCAAUACAAAAGUUAGAGGACCUGUCUAAAAAAGAACUCAGGUAUUACUAUGGAUGGUUUACUAACUGGAAACAUGAUUAACACAAUUAGCUAUUAUAAUUUUUGUAAUCAUAAUAGUUAUUGCUGCAUUUUCUCUGUGUGAUACCAUGUAU